GCAGCGUGGGCCGGGGGUUCAGCUGCCGCUGUCAGUAGUACUAUUGUCCGGCCUCUCGUAUGGCUUUUUAUAGAGCAGGAGGCUGAUGGGGGUUGGCAGAUGGAAAGCAGCCAGUGACACAGGAUGCCCUGCACUGGGACUGUGGCUAAUUAAUCUGCAAAAGGGGGGGCGGCGGGGAGAGCAUUAUUCUUGCAUUACUGUGCAGGUGGCUAGUGCAGCAGCGGCAUCUCAUCCUCCGACUGCUCGAGGUUUAAAUCCCCUUGAUGCAGCACCCAGCAAAUCCCUGGAGAGAAGAUAUCGAGGCAGCUGCAUCUGGAUCUAUCUGCUGACACUGACAGAACCCAGCAAGGACACUGUAGAGAGACGUCUAAUGAGCCCCACUGGGCAGUGCGUUGAAAAAAAAAAAAUUGUGCGUGCGAUUGUUUCGGAUUUCCGGUUCCGGGGCCGGUCGAUUCCACGCCAGACCCUAUGAUGGGGUUUUACCCGCCAGCGCUACCAAAAGGGCGUAACACCUCUAUCUGCACCCGAGAAGUCACUCUGCUCAUUUGCGCGGACCUGUGUCGCCGGCCUGUUUUACACGCGAAGGGAUGCGCCAAUGUGUAACUAAAACAGAGACGAUUGCUGCAGGAUAUUUUAACUUAACUCUAUUUAUUAUUUAUUACUUUGGGGAAAAGAGAAAAAAAAGCUGACAUUUAAUAACAUUUAGCCCCCAUGGGCAGACCGCUCACAAAGAAGUAGAACAUUUGCAAGGAAGACCAUUUUAACAUCUUGAGACAGACCUUGGAAAUCCUCGAAUAAGGUCUGCCGGAGGCCGCAGCAGCUACGAUGGAGCGCCAGCGGGCCGAGAUGCUGAUAAAAAUAGCGCGGGUGCGCCUCGAGUGCGGGAGGACGGGCGAUGCGCUGAAUUACCUCUACCAGGCCCAAAGCCUUUACCCCACACGGGCCGCAGCUGCCCUGAUUCAGGCCAUUCGGGGUGGUUACCUGGAGACUGACAGAGCCUACUUCCAACCAACCCAUGACCACUAUGAAGAGAGCGAGUACUGGGCCAACCACAACCAUUAUGCGGGUUGCGGGAACUGCAGCAGACCAUCUUGGCAAGAAGAAGAAGAAGAAGAAGAUGACGAGGAUGAGAAUGAAGAGGAGGCGGAGCGGGAAGAAGAAGAGGAGAGAGUGACGCAAGGCUUUGACGACAGUGAGGAUUAUUACAGCAUCCUGGGAGUCAGGAGGAAUUCCAGUGAGGAGAUGAUCCGGAAGUCUUAUCGGAAACUGGCGCUGCGCUACCACCCUGACAAGAACAGUUCCCCGGGGGCCACGGAAGCCUUCAAGGUGAUUGGGAAAGCAUUUGCCGUUCUCAGCGACCCAGUUAAGAGGAAGCAUUAUGAUGACUCGCAAGGCCGGACGUCUGUAGCUUCUGACCCGGACCUGACCACCGACGAGCUCUUCGAUCUCUUCUUCAGGGGUCACUUUCCAGCCCGGGCAGCUUAUGCUGGUCAUUCACGAGAGCCAAGGUCAACUAGAAUAGACGAAGACGGAAGGCGGCAGCGGUGGCCAUCCGAUGAGGACGCACAAGAUAGGCCAAGAUGGCAAAGGGAAGGCAUGGGACAAGAUAACAGUCAAGAGAGGAGACGGAGGGAUGAGGUAUAUAAUGAAGAAAGACGGCAAUGGCAAUGGGAGAGAGAGCAGAAACAGGAUGGCGGACUACCAAAGUGGCAGAAAGAAGCAAAACGAGAAGCCGGAAGACCUAAAACUCAACAGGAAAGGAGACAAGACGCUGGGAUGUCAAGUCCAAAGUGGUGGGAUAAGAAGGGUCAAGAGAGCAAAAAGUCAAGAUGGCGUGAGGAAAUGGAGAAGAACAAUAUUAGGCGACCUAGAAGACAGGAGGAAGAGGAAGAAGGCGGGCGCCCUAAAACAGCUUACUCUGCCUUCAUCCAGGUCCUGCCGGUACUCAUCCUGGUGGUGGUAUCUGUGGUGGCUCAGAUGACUGCCACCAGUCCACCAUACAGCCUCCAUCCUCGACCUUCUUUCGGCUUAACUAUAGCCAGGGAAACAAGCAGCCGCGGAGUUCCUUAUUACGUUGGCCACAAUUUUCAGGCCCGAUACCGCGGCCAAGCGCUGGUGGAGCUGGAGAGGGCCGUGGAGAAGGAGUACGCGGAGCAAGUACAAGCUGGAUGCUGGAAGGAGAAACAGCAGAGGUCAGACCUGGCCAACCUGGCCCGGCUUUAUGGAGAUGAAAGACUAAGAGAGAAGGCUGACUCCUUCAAGAUGGAAAAUUGCAGGAAGUUGUCAGACCUCAUAGGCUUGCGUCGGGGAGGCUGAGGGCGCACAGGGAAGCGUGGUGGGGGGUCUGGCUAUUGAUCUUGGUGGGACAUUUUUAUGGAACUGAGAACAAGACCCCGCCAAACGCAACCAGUUCAUGUUAACGCUAAUAGGAAAUUUUGAAGUAUCAGCACCUCUAAACCUAGAGAUUAAUAGUAUUUCUACAAUUUCUUACCCUUAUUGCCUGAGUUUUCCUUUUGUUUACAAAGUAGUUUGAACUUUCUUAGACAUCUUCUGGGGCAGAUUAUUAUACCAUACUUUAGAGGUACUUUUUAAUAUAGAUAUUCCGCAUACUGUGAAUAUAGACUCAAGAUCUUCUGAACAAAAAGAAAAAAAGUGCCAAACUCUAAGAGUUCCCUACACGAAGCCGCAGAACAUUCCCUAACCGGACAGAAGGCGAAACGCAGUUAUGAUAUAGCAGAUUGGCUCUAACGGGCGUCAGACGUUUCUUAUCGGUGGAAAUGUUGUAUGUAUGUGUUUAUGUAUAUGUUUAUUUAUAUUACGCUAUAUAUUGCACCGGAGACUUACGGUAUAUAGCAUUGGGAGUAACAUCGAUUUCAUAUUGUAGUACGACAGGGAAGAUGAUCUUGUCUAAAAAGUACAACGCUAAUCAGGUGGCUGACGACUCAGGGCCUGGCGCUGCGCUGUUUGUAAAUCGGGUGUAACCUACGUUCAUAAAAAAAAAGCUUAUUAACGUCCACUGUGCGCCGCGGGAAAUGCAUGCAGCCUGACACUAACCUCUCUCCACAGCCUGACACUAACCUCUCCCUGCAGUCUGACACUAACCUCUCCCUGCAGCCUGACACUAACCUCUCUCCACAGCCUGACACUAACCUCUCCCUGCAGCCUGACACUAACCUCUCCCCACAGCCUGACACUAACCUCUCUCCGCAGCCUGACACUAACCUCUCCCUGCAGUCUGACACUAACCUCUCCCUGCAGCCUGACACUAACCUCUCUCCACAGCCUGACACUAACCUCUCCCUGCAGCCUGACACUAACCUCUCCCCACAGCCUGACACUAACCUCUCUCCGCAGCCUGACACUAACCUCUCCCUGCAGUCUGACACUAACCUCUCCCUGCAGCCUGACACUAACCUCUCUCCACAGCCUGACACUAACCUCUCCCUGCAGCCUGACACUAACCUCUCCCCACAGCCUGACACUAACCUCUCUCCACAGCCUGACACUAACCUCUCCCUGCAGCCUGACACUAACCUCUCCCCACAGCCUGACACUAACCUCUCUCCGCAGCCUGAUACUAACCUCUCCCUGCAGCCUGACACUAACCUCUCUCCCUGCAGCCUGACACUAACCUCUCCCUGCAGCCUGACACUAACCUCUCCCUGCAGACUGACACUAACCUCCCCGCAACCUGUCACUAACCUCUCCCUGCAGCCUAACACUAACCUCUCCCCACAGCCUGACACUAACCUCUCCCUGCAGCCUAACACUAACCUCUCCCUGCAGCCUGACACUAACCUCUCUCCGCAGCCUGACACUAACCUCUCCCUGCAGCCUAACACUAACCUCUCUCCGCAGCCUGACACUAACCUCUCCCUGCAGCCUGACACUAUCUUCUCCCUGCAGCCUGACACUAACCUCUCUGUGCAACCUGGCACUAACCUCUCCCCAGCCUAACCCUAACCUAUCUCCGCAGCCUGACACUAACCUCUCCCCGCAGCCUGACACUAACCUCUCCCUGCAGCCUGACACUAACCUCUCCCCACAGCCUGACACUAACCUCUCCCUGCAGCCUGACACUAACCUCUCCCUGCAGCCUGACACUAACCCCCCCACCCACAGCCUGACACUAACCCCCCACCCACAGCCUAACCUUAACUUCUCCCUGCAGCCUGACACUAACUCCCCGCAGCCUGACACUAACCUAUCCCCGUAGCCUGACACUAGCCUCUGCCCGCAGCCUGACACUAACCUAUCCCCGUAGCCUGACACUAGCCUCUGCCCGCAGCCUGACACUAACCUAUCCCCGUAGCCUGACACUAGCCUCUGCCCGCAGCCUGACACUAACUUCCCACAGCCUGACACUAACCCCCCCACCCACAGCCUGACACUAACCCCCCACCCACAGCCUAACCUUAACUUCUCCCUGCAGCCUGACACUAACUCCCCGCAGCCUGACACUAACCUCUCCCCGUAGCCUGACACUAGCCUCUGCCCGCAGCCUGACACUAACUUCCCACAGCCUGACACUAACCUGACCACCAUCAUGCGCCAGCGAGCGUGGGAAUUGUUGGGAUAUAUGAAGCUUCUUUAUAAGACACAAAGGAUAAUCACUUAGGGUCAUGCACCACACUUAGGUAGCACAAAUCUAGAGCAGAGAUGGAAGGCAAGAAGUCACAUGAUUUGUCAUUCACGGGAACCAAUCAGACGAUUGCUUUCAGAAAGAAGACAGGCUGAUGAGAGCAAUAAUCUAGUUGUUAGUACGCACAGUGUACAUAGUCAUUGGCUGUCCAUGCAGCAAUAACUGUUCCCUUACUUCUGCAAGUAAUAAAAUGUAUGUGUCACUCCA